AUGGAAAACCAGAACAAUAUUUCAGAAUUUAUUCUCCUGGGACUUUCCCCAAAUCCUAUGGUGCAGGUUAUCUGUUUUGGGCUGUUUCUGCUCCUUUACAUUGGUGUCGUGAUAGGAAAUCUGCUCAUUCUCCUCACCAUCCGGUUCAGCCACCUAAUCAAUCAGCCGAUGUAUUUCUUCCUCAGUUACCUGUCCCUUGUGGAUCUCUGCUACACCUCCACCAUCUCCCCUAAACUCAUUGCUGACUUAAUGGUGGAGAAGAGAACGAUUUCCUUCCCCAACUGUAGGACCCAGCUUUUUGCUUCUCACUUCUUUGGCGGUGUUGAGAUCUUCAUCUUGGUGUGGAUGGCUUAUGAUCGUUUCGUGGCCAUCUGCAAGCCACUGCACUAUACGGUUAUCAUGAACCGGCGGGCGUGUAACAGCAUGCUGCUCCUCGCCUGUGUCGUGGCAUUCGUGCAUUCGAUGGCUCAGUUACUCCUCACCCUCCAGUUGCCCUUCUGUGGACCCAAUCAGAUCGAUCACUAUUUUUGUGAUGUGAAUCCCCUGCUGAAACUCGCUUGCACUGACACCUAUGUGGUAGGCCUCUUGGUGUUUGCCAACACAGGAAUGAUUGCCAUGCUCACCUUUGUUGUAUUACUUAUUUCUUACAUAGUCAUAUUAGUUUCCCUAAGAACAUGCUCCCCUCACAGUCGGCGCAAAGCCCUGUCCACCUGCAGUUCCCAUAUCACCGUGGUCAUCUUAUUUUUUGGGCCCUGCAUCUUCAUCUACGUACGUCCAGCCACCACCUUCAUGGUGGACAAAGUACUUGCGGUGUUUUACACCAUAAUUGUCCCCAUGUUCAACCCUCUCAUUUACACACUUAGAAAUACAGAGAUGAAAAGUGCCAUCAGGAAGGUGUGGUGCAGGAGGGUGAUUUCUGGGGGGAAAUAA